AUGAGGGUCCACCUCGCACAGACCAUCUCUCGUAUCCCCUCCAGCUCCAUCACCCAACGUUCACGACUCAACCCAUACCGUACCUUCGCGUCCGUCUCCAACCACACCCCUACGCCCAACGACGACCACAACUCCAGCACCAUGUCCGCCAUCUUGAACGCUCUCAACCCUAUCGCCGCGAUGUUCACUCCGGCUGCUACCCCCAAGGAGUCGAGGUCAAGCGAGCAGUCACCUCCGUCCAGUAUGGCCACCUCGUCUACCCCUCAGCCGACUGGCGAGCAAAACCUCCUCCGUCUGCAGAAGCACCUCGCUGCCCUUCCGACCUCGCUGCUCAAGCACAUGCACCUCUCCAAGACCCGGCGUGAGGACCCGAGGUUGUUCUUCCAGGCUAUGAACGCCGACCUUGUCAACCUCGCUCCCAUCGUCUACACCCCCACCGUCGGCGAAGCCUGCCAGAAGUACCACGAGAUCUACCAAGGUCCCGAGGGUCUCUACCUCUCCAUCGACGACAAGGACAACCUCCAUCAGAUCCUCGCCGACCACGCCAAGACCCUCGAGGUCUCGCCCCAGAUCAUCGUCGUCACCGACGGCUCGCGCAUCUUGGGUCUGGGCGAUCUUGGUCUGGGCGGGAUGGGCAUCUCCAGGGGAAAGCUCAACCUUUACACUGCUGGAGGUGGGAUUGACCCGGAGCGGACUCUUGCUGUCGUCCUGGACAUGGGCACCAAUAACGAGCCCCUUCGCGCCGACCCGCUCUACCUCGGUCUCCCCCGCCCCCGGUGCUCCCUCGAGGAGGCCACCUCCUUCAUGGACGCCUUCAUGUCUUCCGCUGCAUCCGCCUACCCCGGUGUCUUGAUCCAGCACGAGGACUUCUACUCGGAGGCGGCGUUCGCAUUCUUGGACAAGUACAGGGAAGAGUACAGGAUGUUCAACGAUGACAUUCAAGGGACUGGUUCGGUCAUCUUGGGCGGUUUCAUCCGGGCUGCCAAGAUGGCGAGCGAUGCGAGCGGGCGGGAUCCACGGGAGCACAAGGUGGUGUUCCUCGGUGGUGGAAGUGCUGCUGUCGGUGUCGCCAAGGAGAUGAUGAAGUUCUUCACCCAGCUCGGCCUGUCCGAGAAGGAGGCCCGGGAACGGUUCUGGCUCAUCGACACCAAGGGCCUGAUCACCCACACCCGCCCAGACGUCGUCGCUGGCCGUCUCGCCUCGCACAAAUCCUACUUUAUCCGCAACGACACCACCACCGAAUACCCCACACUCGCCUCCGUUAUCGAGCACGUCCAACCUACCGCGCUCGUCGGCCUCUCCACCACCUUUGGCGCCUUCACCGAGCCGUGCGUCCGGCGGAUGGCCGAGCUCAACCCCUCGCCCAUCAUCUUCCCCCUCUCGAACCCUACCUCGAAAUGCGAGCUGUCCUACGCCGACGCAUUGGAAUGGACGAGCGGAAACGUGCUCUUCGCUUCGGGAUCGCCGUACGACCCCAUCGAGUUCCACGGUGUCCGACGCGAACCGGGACAGGGCAACAACUUCCUCGUCUUCCCCGGAAUUGGGUUCGGAGCGGUCAUCUGCAAGGCCAAGAAGGUGACGGAUCUGAUGAUCACCGCGGGUGCGAUGGCGCUUAGCGAGUCGCUCACGCCAGAGGAGAAGGAGUUGAAGCUGCUCUACCCCAGGACAGGGCGGAUCAGGGAGGUCUCGGCCGAGGUGGCCAGGGGUGUGGUGCGUGCCGCGCAGGUCGAUGGUGUGGAUGAGGAGACCAGGUACAGGGAUAUGAGCGAUGAGCAGCUCCUCGAGGAGAUCAAGCAGGCGCAGUGGAAGGCUUGA